AUGAGAGCACCCUACUCACUGUCCUGCCUCGUCCUCCUGAGCCUGGGGGCCUGCUUCCCUCCUAGUGAGCGGCAGGAGCUGGGAGACCCCGGGGAAGGGACCCCGCUCAAGCCCAGCUGGCAAGCGGCAGCAGCUGAGGACUCGGGUGCCUGCUGGAGGGCAGGAGUGAAGCCGAGAUGCAGCAAGGAGCUAAGCACGCUGCUGGGCAUCGCCCAGGAGCUGCGGGGCUACGGCAAGGAGGGCAGCAGGCAGCGGCUGGGCAGGCGGGGGGGCUCCGAGCUGCUGCCGGUGGGAGGCGAGAAGCGCAGCGGCACGCUGGGGAACCUGGCCGAGGAGCUCAACGGCUACAACAGGAAAAAAGGGGGCUUCACCUUCCGCUUCGGGAGGUGA